AUGAAGGACUCUGAAUCGGAGCAAGUGAAAACGGAAUCUCCGUCUUCUGUUCAGACCAAGAUUUUCAGGCUUUUUGGGCGAGAAAGACCAAUUCACCAGGUUUUCACUGGAGGAAAACCUGCCGAUGUGCUAUUGUGGAGAAACAAGAAGAUUUCAGAAAGCUUUCUUGGGAGUGUGACAGCAGCUUUGAUCUUCUUUGAAUUGCUCGAAUACCAUCUACUUGUUUGUCACAUUUUGAUUGCUGCACUUGGUCUCUUGUUCUUGUGGUCAAAGGCACAUACCUUUAUCAACAAGUAUGAUAACUUUUAUAAGUCAUUUUUGUCUGCCCUUUUAUUUUCCUUCAAGUGA